GAACAUAAUUACUAUGUUGGCCCCUAGUGCUGGUGCUGACAUGUUAGCUACCAACAACAGCUGCUGCCGAUAAAAUCAAGAAUAUGAUGAUGAAGAAGCCUGCAGUGCUCUACCAUUAUCCCUGCCCUGAUGGAGCUUUUGCCGCUUUGGCUGCACAUCUUUACUUCUCUUCUUCUUCCAUUCGUGCUCUCUUCUUCCCUAACACUGUCUACUCCCCUCUCAGGACGGAAGACCUUCCUCUGAAUGAUAUUGACCAUGUUUACCUAUUGGAUUUUGUGGGCCCCUCUGGAUUUGUCGACGAACUUGCCUCAAAAGUUAACAAAGUUGUGGUUUUAGAUCAUCACAAAACUGCGUUUGAAAGCUUAGGCACAAGGAGUUCAGUUAAUGGUACUGGUAAUGUGAUCAAGGUGAUAGAUAUGAAGAGGAGUGGGGCCACCAUUGCUUAUGAUUAUUUCAAGGAAAAGCUAUUGGCUAGGGAUGGAAGCAAACUUGGUGAUAAUUGUGGACGGAUAGCUGCUGAAUUUGAAAGGGUUAGAAGAUUGUUUGAGUACAUUGAAGAUGCAGAUUUAUGGAGGUGGCAUCUUCCUAAUAGUAAAGCAUUUAGUAGUGGCUUAAAAGAUAUGAACAUUGAGUUUGAUCCGAGACUGAAUCCUGCAUUGUUUCAACAGUUGGUUUAUUUGGAUCCUGAGUCCAUCAUAAGUCAAGGCAUUGGGAGUUUGGCACAGAAACAGAAGCUAAUAGAUGAUGUUCUUGAUCAAUCAUAUCAAAUUGCACUUGGUGGUGGAGCAUUUGGACAUUGUCUGGCCGUCAAUGCAGAUUCUGUUAUUGAGCUGAGAAGUGAGCUUGGGCACCAGUUAGCCAAUAAAAGCCAAAAUAUGAUGUUGAGGGGAAUUGGAGCUGUUGUAUAUAAGGUACCAGAGCUUGAAAAUGAUCGACUGCUAAAAAUAAGCUUAAGAAGCAUUGAGAAUGAGGAUACAACACAAAUCUCACAGGAAUUCGGUGGUGGAGGCCAUCAGAAUGCUAGUUCAUUUAUGUUAUCUUCUACUGACUUUGAGAAGUGGAAGGUUCAUGGUGAUGCCUUGACCAAUGCGGCAAUUUCGAAUAUUUUGUGCAUGUCAUGUAGAUGGUGUAAGGUGCUCUAAUCAUUGUUGAUUCUAUUAUCAAUCCAUGUGAAUCAAAAUCCAACAGUAAUCUAUAUAGGUAGUAUGUCAAAGUCUCUCCUGUUCGAUUUUUUCCUGUUUAAAGAGAAGUAAGACCUUUUUCUUCUGUUACCUCCUAGAAGCAUAGAAGCCAUAACAUUCUGUGUUAAUCAUUUGCGGAGUUGAUCUGCUCAGUGUCUCACAGGUAAAAUCUGUCAAGAACAGAAGCAGCAUGAAAGUUGGGGCUUAGGCUUGAAAGUU